ACAGAAAGCUUUGGGCCGCCCGCCGCCAUGGACAGGGAGGAAGAUGCGUCCGGCGCGGGUGACGAUUCGUUCAACGGCUCCCUGCAAAAGAAACGAGAGGCAAAGGGGUCCUGUCUGAAAAUCGAGGGUCAGGAUGGAUACGUCUUUAAAUCCUACAGCAUGAAGCCACACAAGACAAAGGAUGCGCCGUCGUCGUGCUCGUCCAAAACACUGGAUAAAGACCUUUUCCAAUCAAGCCAUCUUUCUUCUCAGGGUGAUAAACAGUUAGAGUCUGACACCGACAAAGAAACGGAUCCGGCGUCUCCGUCUCUUUCGAGCAAAUGGCUCAACAUCCACACGCACGAAAAUAGGGAGAAUGAAAAAUACGACAAUGAGCCCACUCAGCAUAUCAAAGAUGAAAGCCGAGACACAAACGAUUUAGAGGAUGAAGCCCACGAUUUUGAAAGACUCGCAUUUGGCCCUUUUUUGAGUCGAGAUGGGGACGACUAUAGUAACUUAUUAAGCGGCUACACGAGCACUCUUUACGACGUUGCCAUGGAUGCCGUCACCCAGAGCCUUUUGGCCUCCAUGAGAAGUCAAAGCAACCCGAGGAAAAAAUCUCCGGCAUGGAAUCAUUUCUGCAUAUCGCCAAGGGACAAUACCAAAGCAAUCUGUUUGUACUGCAUGAAAGAGUUUAGUCGGGGCAAGAACGAAAAAGACCUCAGCACAAGCUGUUUGAUGCGCCACGUCCGAAGGGCUCACCCGACGAUGCUUUUCCAAGAGGGAGCGGACGCACCGACGCCCAAUCAGAGUGCUUUAGCCUCCUCCUCCUCCUCCAUCCCGCCUUCCCCAAACUCGCCAAAAAACGGAGACUUAAACAGUUUGAUGUAUCCCGGGUCAAAGAAUACGUCGCCGUCCACAUCUUCGGCUGAUAAUUCAGACCUGUCAUCCAAAGAAGGGUUGCCCAAAGUUGAACCAAAACUUGAACCGCUCGCCAACGCGGACUCUAUCUACAGUGCUCUUGAAUCGUCACAUUCCAGUGAAAACAACCUCGAAGACAUAUCCGAUGGAGGGCAAGAGCGCCUUCCGAGCAACCCGAAAAGCUCCAGUUCUCGUCGGAGAUCGGCCGUAUGGAAACACUUCUACCUUUCGCCCGUGGACAAUUCCAAAGCGGUUUGCAUCCACUGCAUGAAUGAAUUCAGCCGCGGCAAGAAUGGGAAAGAUCUCGGCACGAGCUGUCUUAUUCGUCACAUGUGGAGGGCCCACAAAGAGGUUGUGAUUGAGGAAAACGGACUGGGCAAUCACAUUCCUCCGCCCUACUCAAACCCGCCGUCCCUGUUGUCCCGCACACUGUUACAUGACUCGCUGGACAUAAAAAAGGAAUCGCCCCUUCUUCCGUCUUCACCAGAAACGAUAUUAGACGAGUUACCGCCGACCAUGGCGGAAAGCUUGGACAUGAAGGAGGAGUCUGAUGAGGCGAUGCUACUGACCGAGCAGGAGUCCGCGCUCAAUCUGCCCUUCGGCGCUCACGGGGACGACACGCCCUCAACCUCCUCGCCGUGCGAUCUGUCCGACGUUCCCGGCCACAGUCAGAAUCAUGUCGUUUUUGAGCAAAACAAGAAAAUCAUGAAACGGGUCAAGUCCGAAGUCUGGCAGCAUUUCAUUGUGUCACCGGUCGACCAGUUAAAAGCACUGUGCCGGUACUGUCCGUGCGUCAUCAGUCGAGGCAAACGGGGCGACUUUGGUACGAGCUGUCUAAUGAGGCACCUGGUGAGGCGCCACCCAGAUGUCCUCCAAAACCAAAAAGUCGCCGAUGACAAGGAGCCCUCCCCGCAGCCUUACCUUAAGACCGCACCAGACGCAGUUUCAGUAGCCAAAGGAACCGAAAGCCCGGCCUGCAAGAAAAAGCCACAAACCAUUUUCAGUAAGAAGACGUCCAAACUGUGGAACCAUUUUUCAAUUUCACCCGCCGACCCCACCAAGGUGGUCUGUUUGCACUGCGGCCGCACCAUCAGCAGAGGCAAAAAGACGACCAACCUCGGCACGAGCUGCCUCUUCAGGCACAUGCAGAGGUUUCACGGACAUUUUCUCGAAAGCAACAACACUAUCUCAGGUGACGCGCCGUCGGCCGGAAAUCACGUCAAACGAGAGCGCGCCGAUUUGUCGCUUUACAAAGCGGAACAGAACAGGUUUGACGAACACCACCCGGUUGCCAAAAAAAUUACCAAACUUAUUGCCGAAAUGCUUGCACUGGAUCUUCAGCCAUCAGCCAUGGUGGAGAACGCCGGACUGAGCAGACUUCUCGAGUACUUCCAGCCCCAGUAUUGCCUGCCGCCCUCUUCUUACUUUACCGGCACGGCAAUACCGGAGAUGUACGAAAAGGUGCGGGACGUCGUGCUGACGCAUCUGAAAGAGGCCGAGGGCGGCGUCGUCCACUUCACGACGAGCAUUUGGGUCAGUAGCCAGACAAAAGAGUACCUGACCCUGACUGCACACUGGGCCACGUACGAAUCGAGCGUCAGACCCCAGGGCCAGGACUUUCACUGUUCGGCUCUGCUCAGCGUGUCUCAGAUAGACUGCGAUCAGGACACGCACGACAUCCCCAAGCAGCUGGAGUAUCUGUGGGAUUCUUGGAUCACGUCGCCGGGUCUGAAGAGAGGGUUCACCGUCACCGAUAACGCCAACAUAAGAAGCAGUCUGGAGGACCACGGCCACGUCACCGUGCAGUGUUUUGGCCACACCAUUGACCUCAUUGUUAGCGAAGCCAUAAAGAGCCAGAGGAUGGUGCAGAACCUUCUGAGCAUCGCGCGGAAGAUCUGCGAACGUGUGCAGCGCUCGGCCAAGGCCAAGGAGAAGCUGGUCGAGCUGCAGAGGGACCACCAGUUACCGGAGAACCAACUCAUCCAGGACAUCCCCUCCAAAUGGAGGACUUCCUUCCUCAUGCUGGAGCGGCUGGUGGAGCAAAAGAAAGCCAUCGACGAGAUGUCAAUCGAGUGCAACUUCAGGGAAAUCAUCAGCUGCGACCAGUGGGAGGUGAUGCAGUCCGUCUGCAACGCGCUGAAACCUUUCGAGGUGGCCUACCGGGAAAUCCGCAGCCGUACCGCCACCCUGGGCCAAGUCAUUCCGCUCAUUCACAUCCUGAACAGAAAGAUCGACCUGCUGUUCGACGAGACCGUGGGCAUCGACAACAUGCUGCGCUCUCUGAAAGAAGCCACGGUGAGCAGGAUGUCGGCCACUCUCAACGACCCGCGCUUCACCUGGGCCACCAUGCUGGACCCUCGAUACAAGACCUCACUAUUCACAGAAGAAGAGGCGGAACGAUGUAAGCAAGACCUGAUCCAGGAGCUGGACCUGUUCUCGUCUACCUCAACAGAAAAGUCUUUACUGCUCAACGGCUGCGACGAGGCCCCGGCGUCAGACAAGGACAACAUCUGGUCCCUGAUGGCGGACUUGAGACAAAACGCGAAGCACGAGGAAAAACCAAAGUCCUCCGAACUGGCGGUGCUUGAGUACCUGGAGGAGGACAUACUCGAUCAAAGCUGUGACCCGCUCGACUACUGGAACCUGAAAAAGUUCCUGUGGCCCGAGCUUGCCAAAGUAGCCGCCCGUUACGUGGGCUGCCCUCCCAGCAUCGUCCCGGCCGAGGCGCUGUUCAGCACGGCGGGCGUCAACUGCGCCCUGAACCAUCCCAGGCCUUCACUGGAAAACAUGGAGGGUCUGCUCUUCCUCAAGGUUAACCUCCCACUCAUUUAUUUUCAAUACUGAUGAAGCAUUAACUUGAAAGAAGGGGAAG